GCCCCUCUGCCCUGCAGGGUGGGGGCCGCGGAGACCCCGCGCCACUGCGCCCUCCGGGGCGGCUCUGCAGAAGGAGCGGAAGGGAGAAGCGGAGGAACCGCAGCCUCUGCCGCGCCCCGGGCUCGUCCAGGCGCCGACCUCGGGCUUCCUCUCGCUCUACCUGGCGCCCGCAACUGCACAGUAACCCGGCGAGGCCGGGGUCCGGGGUCGGGCUCGGCUCAGCAGCCCGGUUCCGGCGGGGGCCCAGAGCAUCCCGGGCGGCUCAUUCCCGCGCAGCAUCAGCGCGCUGACCCGGCCCGGGCGGAAGAAAUCCCACCCUCCUCUCCACCAGGACUCCCCUGCGGGAAGCGCCCCGAGUCUCUGGGGAUGAGCUGGGCAGAGGGCGCGCUCAGGGCUGCCUGAUACCUGCGAUGGGACCGCGGUCCCUUCGUCAAUUCAGUAACCGGCAGCUACUCUGGGGACAGGGCAAACCCGUUUGUAAGUCAAAGGUGGCGACCGAGCCCCCGGAGGAGGCGGGAACCCAUUGUCCCGAGGGCCCAUGGCCUCUGCCCCCACAGGUGUCACCAACAGUGACCUACUACACACCGAUGAGUGCAGGGAAGACUGAGGAUGUCAGCUUUUUCUACCACCCCUGUGUCCACCCCUGGCUGAAGCUCCAGCUGGCAAUCCUGGCUGGUGUUUCUGUAGCCUAUCCCUCUCUGACCCCUGACUCCAGUCUUACCCAGGAUCGACCCCUGAUGCUGGCAGCAUGGGGGGUGGCACUGGAGAUGGCCUGGGUAGAACCAUCCUGGGUUGCCCACUGGCUAAAGAGGAGGCGGAGGAAGCACAAGAAAAAGCCAUGGUCCCGCUCUGACAGCCUCCCUGUGCCCUCUCCUUUGGCACCGACCCCGGGCAGAGGGAAGCUGUGCCAGAGAGGGUGUGUGCAGGCGCCAGCCUUGGCCUUCACUUUGCGGAGCUGGCGGCCCCCAGGUGCUGAGGUGGCAUCCACAGGGCCGGUGCAGUUUUUUCCUACUGGUGCCAAAAGGCGUGGGCUUCGGGCUGUCUUUAGUCUUCAGCCAACUCUCUCCUCAGCCCCAAGAGCCCCCUCUGCUUCCCCAUGGAGCUUGGAAGCCAGGCAGCCCACAUUGGGAGCCCAGGGUACCGGGGAUAAUGCCCCAUCUAUACCUACUGCUCCCUUACUGUCUGGUAAACUUAAAGGCAAUGCCAGCUCCAAGACAGUGUCUCAGGUGUCCAAAGGGCAGGGCAGCCCAGGGGGCUGUACCUGUCCAGACCAGGCUUCCCCAGCCCCUCGGGCAGCUGUGCCUCCCCGGGCAGCCCGGGGCCCCACCCCACGCACAGAGGAGGCCGCCUGGGCUGCCAUGGCCCUGACUUUCCUGUUGGUGCUGCUUACACUGGCCACACUCUGCACACGGCUGCACAGAAACUUUCGGCGCGGGGAGAGCAUCUACUGGGGGCCCACAGCGGACAGCCAGGACACUGUGGCUGCUGUGCUGAAGCGGAGACUGCUGAUGCCCCCUCGCCGCCACAAGCGCUCCCGCGGGAGACCCCUCCUCCCACCCACCCCGGACAGCGGCCCUGAAGCAGACAGCUCCGACUGACAGAGAGCGAGCGCCUCCCCAGCCCUGCCAGUGGCAGGCCAGGCUCCUCCUCUGCCCGCCCCCGCCUGGAGGCCGCGACCUCUGCUGCCACGUGGGCCGCGCGCCGCCGCCCCCUGGUGGCCGGAUGGAGCACUGCAACGGUGUUGGUCCUUAACGUGCCCAGCCCCCCUAUAUUUCUAAUUAAAUUAUUUUAGUAUA